AAAUUUGUUGCAUUGUACCAGCUGUCAAGCUGUCCCCUAAUCUCGUCUUGUAAGAUUUGUGCACAUGUAUUUUAAUAAUAAUUAUAAAUUGACAAUGGAGGCGACCCAGAGGUCAGGCUGUCAAAUUGUGACGCAGCUGGUGAGAAUUGGCAUUGUUGCAGCAGUUACCUAUUACUGCGCCAAGUGGCUAAUCAGCUCCAUAGAUCCGACUAACAAGGCCAAAAAGAAGGCCAAGGAAUUGGCCCAGAUACAGUUGAAGAAACUGAACGAUAUGACGGGCAAGGGACAAGGCAAACUGAAGCUAAACGAUUUCAAUUGCUAUGAACUGAUGAUAGCCUCGCACCUGAUUGCGCCGACAGACAUCGAUGUCAGCUGGUCGGAUAUUGCCGGCCUGGACACUGUUAUACAGGAGCUACGCGAAUCAGUUGUGUUGCCGGUGCGUCACAGCGAUCUUUUCCAACGCUCACAACUUUGGCGGCCGCCAAAGGGUGUGCUGCUCUAUGGACCGCCCGGCUGUGGCAAGACAUUGAUAGCCAAGGCAAUGGCCAAGGAGGCGUGCAUGCGUUUCAUCAAUUUGGAUGUGGCAGUGCUCACGGACAAAUGGUAUGGCGAAUCCCAGAAACUGGCCACAGCAGUCUUUACGCUGGCCCACAAGCUGCAACCGUGCAUUAUAUUUAUCGAUGAAAUCGAAUCGUUUUUGCGCAUGCGCGCCACUGGGGAUCAUGAGGCGACGGCCAUGAUGAAGACACAGUUCAUGAUGCUGUGGGAUGGACUGAUUAGCAGCACCAGCUGUUCGGUGCUUGUGCUGGGCGCCACAAAUCGCCCACAGGAUUUGGACAAGGCCAUAUUGCGACGCAUGCCCGCACAGUUUCACAUAGGACCGCCGCUUGAGUGUCAACGUUUGGCAAUACUACAGGUGAUAUUGCAGCACGAGCAGCUGCAUUCGUCUGUCGAUCUGAAACGUUUGGCCAAUCUGACGCCUGGCUAUUCAGGCUCCGAUCUGCGGGAGCUGUGCCGGCAUGCCAGCAUCUAUCGUAUGCGUCAGUUUAUGCGCGAUAUAAUGGUCAAGGAGGGGAGCGUCAUGGACGAGCAGCUGCUGGACGAUAGCGAGCUGGUCAUCAGCAUGGAUGACUUAUUGAAAUCUUUGGUCACCAUGAACAUGUCCAAGCUACAAACAGGCAACACUUAUUUGGCUAAAAAUAUCGAUCUGGACUAAAUAAUACACAAAGAAAAAAAAAUUAGGAUAUUCUUAAUCAACAUUUUUGGAACAUUUGCCGUUUGACGGAAUCGCCUGAUUUGAUUAAUCUGCUGAGCCAGACGAAUUGUUUUCAAAAUCUUGACCUUAGGUAUUGUGAUAAUUGUCCAGUGCUUUUCAUAAAUUAUAGUCAAAAAUUAUGUGCUUUGAAAGUUUAUAUAUUA